AUGUCUCUCUUCGUCGCAUCUACCUCCACCUCCUCCGUCACGGUCCACUUCACCCCGCCGGGUCUCUCCGCUCCCUUCACCGCACGCUCGCCCACCCCUCUCGAGCUCGACACCUCCCUCACCUCCACCCUCGCGCGCAUGAACCCGAUCCGCCGCCGGCUCGCCGUCGCAUUCCAGACCGUCUCCAUCACUAUCCUCGACACCGAAGAACGCCUCUUCCACCGCCGGCGCGCGCUCGACCGGCUCGAAGGCCGUUCCUACGUCGACCUCGACCACGAGGAGUGGCAAUUCGUUUGCGCCCGCGCAGAGGAGGGGUCCACCGCUGCACAGGAGUGCGUCCGCCGCGUCGCGCAAGAGAUCGCGGCGGAGGAGGAGCGCGCCGCGGCGGCGGAAAUGAUCACCUUCGAGAGCGUGCUGAGGAGCACCUGGUCAUCGUCCUCCAUAAUCUCAGUCAUCGGAUAA